AUGACCAUCGUCCCCCUGGCCGCCCGCCAUCUCAUCGAGGUGGCGUGUGGUUCUGAGGAAGAUUCUCGUGCCUCGGUGUCUGCCCUCUCAGAAUGUGCUCGUUCUCUCGUCUGCCAGGAGGGUGUCGGACAAUCCUUCAAUCAGACGCUACUACAGCCAUUUCAGGCGAUCGUCUGUUCGGACCGGUGCUCGACGGAAACGCGGGCCCAACUCGUCGACACCCUCUCCGAAUUCGUCCACAAAAAGGCCGAUCGACUGGGGAGUGGGUGGAAACCGUUGUUUGGAGCAUUACGUGCUGUCCGUACCUCAGAUGGUGCUGAAGAGGGUCUCCACUGGACUGUUCUUGACGUGAUUUCCACGUAUUUGAGGCUCAACAAGUGCGCCGUGCUCUCGUGGUCGCUGCCAGAUUGUCUGCCGUGUAUCGUCCAUUUUCUGCAGGAAACGACGCCCGUGGAAAAGGAAGAGGGGGAGAAGCCGUCGAAAGUUCCGAUGGGCGUCCGUCCGUGGGAAGAAGCGGAAGCGCAUCGGCUGGCGGCCGUCGAGCUGCUCCUCGAGCUGGUCGAACAACUAGCCGGGGUGUUGAUCACGGCUGCCGCUUCUGUACAGGCACAACUAUUAUCGGCGCUACAGGAGCUGAUCUCGACCAUUCGCCAAUCGGAAAUUGGUCCCGCCCCGGCCGCCUUUUGCGUGUCUUCUCUGAUCUUACCGCAUAUACAGAAAUGGAUGCGCCGGAGUGGAUCGUCGCGGGACCCGGCCGUUCAACGAAAUAUGAGACACGCCAUUGGGAUCUGCGCACAGAUUGCCGUCGAUUUUAUCCAGUUGAAUCCGGGCGGUGCCUGGGAACUUCGCCUCCUCAGCGACACGCUACGUCUCGCCACCGAGUGCGCCGCGCAGCCGUCAGGCGCGUCGCGUGUGGGCGUCGCGUGUCUCCGUCACUUCGACACGGUCCUCGAGCAGUUCGAGUUCGCCCAGUGGACAAUCAUGGCCAAGGCCCUCUGGGACACGUGCUGCGUAACCCUGGCGCCACUCCGAUUGCUACUGUCGACAUUUCUGCCGGAUGGGAAUGACGAUGGAGGGGAUAUUGGACAUAUAGCUAGAGAUUUGGAUAAGAGACCGGGUGCCAGGACAAUGAUUGGAAGGCUCCUGAGGCUCAGGGAGGCCAACCUCUGCGGGCAGAUGACAAUCGCGGGAGCGGGGAAGAUGAACUGUUUGAUGGGGAUGGGAAUAGCGAGGAUGCGAGAAGGAGAACAGGCAACCCUUGAACACCUUGGUCGCCUCCUCUCCGCACUAAUGACACAGCUCGAACGCCUGGAGAGGGUUACGGUACGCCAGAGGAUUGCCGCGGAAACGAGAGAACAUCGAGAAGAGAAAUUCGUCUUUAUGCUCGUCGAAAAUGCCGACUUUGAAGAGAAGACGUAUCGGCUGGUUGGAGAAGAUCAGAUGGACGAGACGCUGAAUGAAUACAAAAAGCAGCGCCCGAUUGGCAUCCAGCCGAAACGAAUCGACGCGCGGAAGAACCCGUUCGUCGCCGCCAUUAAUGCGGAGCGACAGAGCGCCGAGUUGGAGGAGGCCCCUCCGCUGUGCCUCCUUCGUCUCGUCGCCUGGCGGACUGUCAUUUGUCUUCCAUUAAAGGGAUAUCUCAAAUUAUCGCAGACAGAUCGUCCGCUCUUCGACAAGGCACUUCCGCUUAUCCUCCCGUCACUCAAGUCCCUUCUCGUGGCCACGCCGGAUUUGGCCGUCCGCCGCCUGGCCCUCUCCUAUAUCGAGCUACUUGCCGAGAAA